GUUUUGAAUGUUUAGAUGUGAUGUCAUGUGGUUGCUGAGGUGUCUAGAGUGUUUUAGCAUAUUAUGUAUGUUUUGAAUAGUUAGUGUUGCUAAGGUAGUUGCUAGUUGGUUGCAUUCUAUUAGUAUAGGAGUUUUUCCUUCAGUCUAAGUUUAUGGGAAUUUUGGGCUGUUUUAUUGUUCACCCAACAAAAUUGUAAAAUCUGAUGGUUUAGAAAAGAAACAGCAUGAAUCGCUCCUCUUAUUUGCGGUUUCAAUCAUGUACUUUCUUUAUGGUGCACUCAAGUGUAUAAUGCACAGCUUACCUGAAUUAUGUCUACCACUUGAGUUUUGUUCUGUCAAACAGCUUCCAAACCUUAUUUGCAUAAGAACUCCUACUUCCGAUGGCUCGUUCAGGGAUGCUGUUUUUCAUUUCUAUAGUUCCAAGCUGUCAUCUAGUGUUUUGUAAGUACUUCCAGCUCUAACAUAAGAUGCGUCAGCCGGUUUGAUUCAUGUGGAUGGAUUGUCCCUCUGCAAUGACACUGAGAUUAGUUUUGAUAACAGGGCCAGGGGAGCAUGAGAAACAAAAUGGACAAUCACUGGCAAACCUAAUGGAGUCUUGUACUUUAUCACCUUCAUAAAACACUCCGUUUCUACUGUUCCCCACACACACAAGCACAAUCCACCAAGCUGUUAUACAAGGUUAGCGUAGGGUUAUCAGCAAUCGUUAUGAAUUGGCUUAUGUAUUUCCUUGCAUCCUGAUUGGACGCCUGUGGUGCAACAUGAGAUUUGUUUCUUUUCUUGUAACUACAGCAGUUUCAUGAUACACUUGCAUGGAAGAUACCACGAGCUGGCUCCACAUUUGGUUCCAAUGGACUACACCAAUGACCCUGAUGUUAAAGUCCCUUUAGCCCUCAUAGUCAACAUGCCGGAACUGAAGGAGAAUCCGUUCAGGAAUCGGAUUGUGGAAUCAUUCUCUGAAGACGGCCAGGGGAACCUCAGCUUCAACGACUUUGUGGACAUGUUUUCAGUUCUCAGUGAAAUGGCUCCCAGAGAACUGAAAGCCAUUUAUGCUUUUAAAAUAUAUGACUUCAAUGUGGAUAAUUACAUCUGCAAGGAGGACUUGGAAAAGACUCUAAACAAGUUAACGAAGGAGGAGCUAACACCAGAGGAGGUUAAUCUGGUGUGUGAGAAGGCCAUUGAGGAGGCCGACCUGGAUGGAGACAGCAAGCUCUCCUUCGCCGACUUUGAGAACAUGAUCUCCAGGGCCCCUGACUUUUUAAGCACCUUCCACAUACGAAUCUAAACUGGCUUCAGUGGAAGACACCAAUGCUGAUGUUCCCUGAAGUCCACAUGGGAGGAUAAACGUCUACUGUUGUUUUCCUUUGAGUUUUGGAAGCACACUUGACAGGAUUACUGACAAAUGCAUGGCUGUUUCAUUACCAAUGAAAAGAUUGGAUCAGAAAUCCCUUGUGUUUUCAGAGAAAGGAAAUGGAAAGUUGAGGCCUUUUGUGGGUUUGACCCACACACCUCGUCCUGGAGUAAAACUGAUGUGGAUUGUAAACCACUUUUAUGGGCUUCUACCAAUGUCCGUGGCACAUUGGACACAAAUUUAACUCACUCUCCCACUUCUAGGACUCUUAUUUGGGAUCAAAUAAAUCAUGGGACAGUUUUCAUUCAGCAAGGGACAAGCAAACUGGACAAGAGAGUGAGAGAGAGGGCUACAAGCACAUUAUUGGCAUCAGCGCCACCGAGACAGUGUUUUCUUAGAGCUAUGCAAUCUUUCUCCAUAAAAUGCAUGAAUUAGAUUACUUUCCCCACCUUUUCCCGUUCCCUAAUGUCCCGACAGCUUUGCCAUUUCAUAAUCUAAUUGCUUAUAGAACUGGAGCAUGACGACAAUCAUAUCUAAAUGUUCUCCAGUUGAAUGAAGGGCUCUGUCAUCAUAUAUUCUGUAAUUGUCUUUGUCAUACGCUCUCCAUGUAUUUGUCUUGCCCGCAGAUCCCUUCUGUCCUAACUUGAGGAGUUAGUGUCAAACUGUCUCUUACCUUUUUUCAGUUUUGAUGUGAUAGAGGGCAUUUGACUUAACUUUUAAUAAAGGUUUUCUGUUGAUUGUU